UUAAUAUAUUUUAAUAUUGUAACCGCUAAUUUUUCCGAACACUCAUACUAUCAACCGUUAUUUAGACAGCUAACCUCUACCCACUACUAAUUAACAGCUACUCGCUACUUUAACAGCUGCCCGCUACCUAACCGCUAAAGGUUACCCGCUAUCGCUACUUUUGUCAAAUAGGGCCUAGAUAACUAUAUUUUGAAGUUUUUAAGUGAGGAGGGCAAUGCCUUACUAAACCCAGCCCAGUUACCAUAUCACCCCCACCUUUUCUCCCCGCCGAUCACAAACCAUAAUUCCUUCCUAAAAAACAAUUUCUCACAAAACAAAAUUCCCUCAUUAUUAUUCUCUCUCUCCUACACCCCCUUAAUCAUCUUGCCGGCAACUUUCCAUGGCCACCAACGCCGACGGAAUCUCACCGUCGCCGGCGCUCCGACCACGACCUCAACCAUUGCCGGGAACUCUCACCCGCGCUUCCCCCGUUCUCCGGGAAGAUUGCUGGUCGGAAGAUGCGACACACGCUCUCAUCGAGGCUUGGGGCUCCCACCACCUCGCACUUAAUCGCGGUAACCUCCGUCAACACCAAUGGCUCGAAGUCGCCGCCGCCGUUAACUCCGCCGGUUACCGGCGCCGGCGCACCGACAUCCAGUGCAAAAAUCGCAUCGACACGUUGAAGAAGAAGUACAAGAUCGAAAAAUCUAAGACUGUUGAUUCUUCCGGCGGUUACGUUAGUCCAUGGCCGUUUUUCUCCCGCCUCGAUUUCCUCAUCUCCGGCGACGGCGAAAAACCUCUCUCCUCUGGUCGGAAAAUAUCGCCGGAUACUCCGUCGACGACGACGGCGCUGACGAAGUUUCCCGUUGCUCCGAGGUCGGCGUUGAAACGAAAGCGGCCGGUGCCUGUUGAUGAUUCGUUUUUCCGGCAACAGUUUGCGGCUGUUAUUGCAGCAGCAGCCGAGGUGGAGGCGCAUGAGUCGUCGGAGGAGAGAGAAAGAGAGUCAUCGGAGCGAACCGGCACAUCGAGCGAUAGCGGUGGGAGAGAGAGAAGAGAUAGUAGAGUAGAGGAUGAAGGUUUCAACAAUGGAUGUAGGCAGUUGGCGGAGGCGAUAAUGAGGUUCGGAGAAGUGUAUGAGAGAGUAGAAACAGUAAAGCAAGAGCAAUUGAUUGAUUUAGAGAAGCAUAGAAUGCAAUUUACUAAGGAUUUGGAGUAUCAGAGGAUGAAAUUGUUGAUGGAUACUCAGCUUCAGCUUGCUAGGAUUAAACGGUCCAAACAUUCUGAUGAUGCUGGGAAAAGAGCUGAGCAUAGGUCAGAAAGAGUUGAUAUGUGCAUCUGUUAGCCUGCCAAGUAUCCUAUCUUCUGACUGCUCACCAACAUGUUCAACUGCUUGCGUAGAGUUGCCAUUACCUACUCCUGGUUUGGCUGUUCACAACCUGAGAGAAGAGAAUAUGAUUUUAUUAAGAGAGAAGGAGAAACUGAGGAUUGCAUAACUUAUAACUAAGGUGUUAAGGCAAAGUUGGAUUCUAAAUUUGAGGAGUGAGGAAGGUUAAAGUCUUUGUGAAUCCUGGGAUUUUGAAUUUGGCACUUGGCGUGGCUGAGAAUGAGAAUCCGAAAUCAAAUGCUUGAGAGCGACAAACAAGUUUAAUAUAUUAUUCUGUUUUCUUCGGGGUAGCUAUUGGCUUCUGCAUGGUAUCUAUGUUCUGGUAGAAUUAGGUUUGUUACAGGUGUAGUGCGAAUGUCCUUUCUAGUUGCUCCAGUGCUCUUAUUUCAAUAGGGAAGUGGUCAAAAGAACCAUUUUGUCACAUAUUGAAUUUGUCUUGUUUCCUCAAUAUCAGAUAUAAUUUAAUUUGUAGUUUGUACUGACUGGUUCAUAUAUGGAUGGUUUGGACUGGAAACCUUGGUUCUUGCUGUUGACUGAUCUAUGGACUUCUUGCUAUUAAUAGCAGAAUGCAUUAUCUUGCUGAGGGAAUUAUGGAACAAUGAUAUUGAUGCAUCUGAAGUGCACAGGUCAUAAAGAAUUCAAAUGUGUUACCUUGGAAUUUGAUUGAACUAGCAAAACUACUUGGUGUCAUUAGUAAUUUUUUUUUUCCUUUUUUUUUUUUGGUUUAUUGAAAAAGUAAGAUAUUGUUAACAACUCAAAACAAAUACAAUCAAAACUCUGCCAACUGAAGCAGACUGUACAACAUCAUCAAACAAAAACCAGGGGAAACAAAACCCCAGCACCAAAACUAAUUACAAAACAUACAUUUGAACCAAUUCAUGUUAUUCCUGCUGGUCUUAACAGGCAUAACAAAACUGAUUCUCUGGAAGAUAUCAAACAUCAAAUCUCUGAUCAGGCCUUCAAAGGCAUUUCUCCUACACCACCUUGUUUCUCUGCUGCCAAAUACUGUAGAUAAGACCAGCAAACCAACUCUGCGUUACUUUCCUUCUAAAUCUUUCUUUAAUCUGCACAAUCUUAGUAUUACAGUCUUCAAUAUGUUCAGGGUUCAUCUGGAGAUUAAUAGCAUUCUGCAACUGAGAACAGCAUCUUCUGCUGUACUGACAGCUAAAGAAACUUGGCGAUAUUAUUGCUGGUUCAAUAUGAAGCUUGUCUUAUUGGUCUUAAUGCAAUGAGAUAACUAUAGAAUGUUACAAUAGCACUUUAUAUCAUAAGGUUAUUUUGCUGCAUGACACGGAGAGAAAGAAAGAUCCUUUUGCUUCAUGUAAGUUACACAAUUUGACUGAAUACAACUACAUACACUGAAAAUCUUAGACUUAAAAAUUUAUGCUGUUGACUUGUCAGGGCAUUGUUGAAAAAGUCCAGGUUUAGUUUUCAAAUGUGCCUUGCCCUGAAACAUUUUUGGGAAUUUUUUAUUUAUAAGUUUUGUAAGCCAUGCUUAAUUUUGCUCCUGUCUUUACGUUGUGAUUGGAAGAUGCUUUUCUUAUAUUUACUCAGCAGUUUGGCAGAGAAAACUUGA